AUGUUUGACCAGGCGAGCUCUGACAGGGACUGGUGGAAGUGGAUGCAGUUCUGUGAGGCAGUGGAUGUUGACAGCGGCAUGCCAGAGCCCCUGUGCCUGCUCACUGACGCCCCCUACAGCCAGACCAGAGCUGCAGCAGCAGGGUGGAGCGCCUGGGGCUGGGCAGGCAGCUGGAGAAAGAGAGGCAUGCAGGGAGAGGAGGAAGGGAGCCCCUGCUGCAGGGAGUGUUCUCCGACCAAGACCACUGCAUGA